UGUGCAUAUAAUCCCCCACUAGAUGUGCGUAUUGUGUGUGCGUGUGUUUGUACGUGUAGCAGAAAGCAAAUAUUAGAACGGAUUGUGUUUGCUUGGUAGAGUAGCAGUAGGCAAAGAAGCAUACAAAACCCCAUCAUCAUCCCCCAGCUUGUACAGUGCGUGUGUCCCUAGCCUUUCCCUAGCCAUGUAAGCUCUCUGUUACGUACGUAAACUCCCGACGACGAGUCCUGCCGCAGGAUCAGUGCACUGAGCAGGUUCGAUCACGCACGAAGCAACUUUGGUGACAAGAAGUUUAGCAGUGAACGAAACACGAGCGUACGUCGUUUGAAUUUCGACCAAAAAGGGGGUUUUGCAGUGCGUUUGACUUGCGUAUAGUUUGGUGUAUAAAGCAAACCCGUCUCGGUGUUGUCAAUGGGAAGCUAGCUUUAAGAUAACGCCGCCAAUCGAACGCCACGCGUACCGAUCGUUUGUGGCACUACAAACGAACGUAACAUUCUCUUUCUUUCGCUCCUGAAUGGGGGAGAGAAAUUAAACGAUUGAAAUAUGCACUGACCGGCCGGGGGGGGGAGGCACAGGUUCGAGAAGGUGGUUUGCGCGUGGCUGGAAGAAGGAAAAUCGAAUCGGUGAAUCAAACGCGAAAGCAAACGAAAGUAAAACGCGCCACACACGCGCGCGCGCUCGCGCGUAGUUCGAGAGAGGUUACAGUAAACAAGCUAGAAAGGUACGGUGAAAGAUUGAAGCGGAACGUAAGCGAGAAUACUAGUAGAAGAAAUUUACUUCACUAAAGCGUGCCUUGAGUGUGGAAUUACGGAAGAGGCGUAGCAGAGGAAGCGUAAAAAGUAAAGCGCGCAAGUACGCAAAAAUAAAGUGCAACAAAACCGUGUUACCAAAGAAAAAAAAAGCGAAGCAAAUAAAGCAAGAUAGGAAAGAUAAGCAAACCCGCGGUAGGAAAGAAUAUAAUUGAAUUCGCGUUCGGCGGCGUAACGCUCGGAAAACGGUAGUGCGCGAAGCGAGUGAAAAUAGAGUGUUGAGCGGCGGAACCGAGAGCGAAGAGUGAAGUGAAUUCCUGAUCGCACGUGUCCUUGCACCCGUGUCAGCAGCGUUCGUUCCGGAAAUGGCUCCACCGACAGCGGCCCAGUUGCUGCACCGACCGGCACCGGUCUUGCUGCUGCUGCUGGUGUCGUUCCUUGCGACCAGCUGCAUCGCCGAUGAACUCAUCGAAACAGACAGUCAUCGUUACCGAGUCGAGCCGUUUCCGAUGGACUCCAUUCACAAAGGUAAUUAUAAUCAAUGGCUGCAAGUUUUUCCAUCCCCGAUGGAGUCCCGCAAGGCGCAAGGAUGCCACGGGAAUCAAACUCCCCUCCAAAGGAUGCGCCUCCUCCCAUCGGCGGGUGUUAUUACGCAAGCGAUUGUGAUGAAAGCGGGAGGCACCAUCGCACGCCAACAUUUCGCCCCUAUUGACCUCCUCUGCAAGGACGUCCUGUGUCCGGAGUGCCCUCCGGAUAGCUACCCGUUGAACGAAAUAGACACCGGUAGCAACGCAAGCGACAACGACGACGACGACGGCGACGGCGAUAGCGAUGAAAACGACGAUACGGCACACGCCAGCGGCGGCAGCGUUUUUACACGAGUAGGGCGCGCGAUCGCCAUGAACCACCAUGCCCAUGGACCGAUCAAGAUUACCCCGAGUGCAUUGCAGUUCUUACUUCCCAACAUCUUGCAGGUGCAGCCCCGACACCGGCACCAGCAGAAGCGCAGCACCUCACCAUCCGGUCACAUCGUCGAGACGGUCCCGGUGGACUUUGACCGGCAUCUCGCCCUGCAAGACCGGUGCUGCCCGAAAUGCGCCUGUCACGCGUGCCAACCGGCAAACUGUACGCGCAGCUUCCGCUCGAUGCACGACGACGAACAGCCAGCACCGGCCGGUCAGCCCGGAAACUGCUGCCCGGAAGUGCUCUGCCCGAUGUGCCACUCGGAUGGGAAAGCCCGGCGCAUGUACUUCGACGGUGACCAGGUGUACGAUGAGAACCCCUGCAAACAGAACUGCCGGUGCAGCGCGGGCCAAAUCAUCUGCCAGAUUCCGUUCUGCAAGCCGCUCAACUGCCCGCACAAGAAGCAGAUCGCGGACCAAUGCUGCCCGGUGUGCGACGAGUCGAUGUCCAUCUUCUGCUCGACGGAGGACAUCAACUGCGAUUUGAGCUGCCAGUACGGGUACGUGCGUCAGGCACCCGACGGUUGCGCGUACUGUAAGUGUGCCAGCGCACCAAUCAACGACACCAUCACCACCACCGCUAACUGGGGAGCGAUGCCGACGAUGGUGGACAGCAAGCAGCACCCAGCAGUCACAACAUCGGACGCCACCAACAACGAGGCGGAACAGCUCGAUACGUCCUCCUCCAUCGUAAGCGAUCCGGUCGAUCUGAAAAACGGUGCACCUAACGAGUGGCGCCCUAAGCUGCUGAUCGUGGUGAUCGCGAUCCUCGUCAUGCUGUUUCUGGGGAUCUCAUAUCUGUGGAGCUUGAGAAAAAGGGGUUGGUGCGUAAAAAACCUGCCCAGGCUCUGCCUGCAGGACAUCAAGCAGAUGCCAGCGAGCAAGAGCGACUACAAUCGCGUUUCCAGCAUGGCCCCACCGGUUGUAACGUCAUCGGGAAGCACCCCGGUUGGCGCGGGUUGCAGUAUGGCCUAA